CACCUCAACUUCAUUCUUCGACUUUGGCUCUCAAUUCGAACUGAAGGCCACAGGGGGUUUAGAAUUUUGUUGAUCCGAAGGCCCCAUAGCUCUUGUUUCCUUUCGAUUAAACCCUAGCUGCUCCAUCCCAUCCUCUCCAUUUUUUCUUUUCAUUCAAAACCCUAGCUUUAAUUCGUCUUGAAACGAAACCCUAGCUUCGUCGCAGCAGGCCGAGGCAGGAAGGAACGGUAAUGGCGACCAUCAGCCUGCGAAAGGGAAACACCCGCCUCCCACCUGAAGUGAACAGAGUUCUCUACGUUAGGAACCUUCCCUUCAACAUCUCGAGCGAGGAAAUGUACGAUAUCUUCGGCAAAUACGGUGCUAUAAGGCAGAUACGAAUUGGUACCAACAAGGAUACGAGGGGAACAGCUUUCGUUGUUUACGAAGAUAUCUACGAUGCCAAGACUGCUGUGGAUCACCUGUCAGGCUUCAACGUUGCAAAUCGGUAUCUCAUCGUGUUGUAUUACCAGCAGGCAAAGAUGAGCAAGAAAGUUGAUCAGAAGAAGAAGGAAGACGAGAUUGCUAAGAUGCAGGAGAAGUAUGGAGUGUCUACCAAAGAUAAGUAGAACUCUCAGUCGAAUGAAUUUAGGAUACCCGUCCAUGAAUUUAGGCUUCUUUUGGAUUAUAUGUAACUUGGGCUGUUGGAUUCGUGGACUAUAUUUGUACAAGUUCAUAAAUUUGUGGAUUAGCUUCGUUUGUUCUGUUGAUUAAUCACUUGUUGUUGUUUAAAGACUUUUGGCAUUGCCUCUUUUCUUGGUAUAUGCAGAUAGUGUCAUUACUAGCUUUUAUUUGUGAGCGAAUAGAGGAGAAAAUUCCACCCCCUUUUCAGGAUUAUGAUGGAUUAACAUACAGGGAGGCGAGUUCACUUGAAUAAUCUAAGAAUUGGGAAUGCAAGUCUUUCUAUC